AUGCUUGUAAAAGCAUCAACACCCGAAACUGUGAACUCUUCCACACAUCCGAUCUGCAGGAGUGGUACCAGCGAUGCGUCGUCGAAUCCCACCCUGGCAUCGCUGGAAGAGUUCCAGGAACGCGACAGCGGAUGGGCAUUGGCGAGAAUCAUGAAUCUGACCGUCAAUGUCAAUAAGUAUAAUCCACUCCGCGCGGGGUGUCACUUCAAGUUGCCGCGAGAAAUCAUGCUGAAGAGGGCAACAAUAAGCAUACAAUCCUCGGACAACGCAUGUUUCGCGUGGGCAGUUGUCGCAGCUCUACAUCCAGCAAAAAAAUAUCCUGAACGUCCAGGUUCAUACCCGCAGUAUACGUCGAUCCUAAAUCUCCAGGGCAUUGAGUUCCCAAUGUCUCUGGGGUAUAUUGGGAAGUUUGAACGGCUGAACGACAUCUCCGUCAAUGUCUACAGCUUCGAGGAGAAGAUGAAGAAGGGGCCAACAGUCUUCCCGCUGCACCUCACCAGCCAGAAGAGGGAUAGACAUGUAAACUUGCUUUACACGCCGAAUCAAGAGCACGGCGAUGUAGGGCACUUUGCAUGCAUUAAGGACUUGUCCAGGCUGGUGGGCAUGCAGCUGAGCAGGCACAAAGCCAAGAAAUUCAUCUGCGAUCGAUGCAUGCACUACUUCGGAUCUACCGAGAAGUUGGAGGUGCAUUCGCUGGACUGCGGGCAGAUAAACAACUGCGCCAUUCUGCUGCCCAGCGAAGGCGACAAUCUGCUCAAUUUCAGCAACCACGAUAGGAAGGAGCGGCUCCCUUUCGUGGUAUAUGCAGAUCUGGAGUGCAUCAUCGCAAAAACGUUGGACAACCAAGCGGGUGAUAAUAAAUUACAUACAUAUCAACACCACAAUGUACACAGCAUUGCAUAUUAUAUGCAUUGUUCAUAUGAUACAUCACUGUCUGUUUAA